GGGUUUGUGAGGUGAGAAGAAAAGCAAAGACCACAAAUUGAAAUGUUUCCAGAGAAAAAUAAAUCUCCGGUGUACUUUUUGCGCUCAGGGCAGCGCACUGCGGUACAACGCUCCUGGGUUCUGGCCUUUUGAUCAGUCUUGUUUCGCCCGAGGCGGAACGGGAGAUAUGGAAACAGCCAAUAAAACGGGGUGAUUCCACUGCUAUCUCCCUCUCUCUCUCUCUCUCUCUCUCUCCCUUUCUCUCUAUCUAUCUAUCAAUCUCCCUUUCUCUAUCUUUCUCUUUCACCCCCCUUUCUUGUUCUCUAUCUCUCUCUAUCUCGUUCUCUCUCUAUCUCUCGUUCUCUCUCUCUCCCUCUAUCUCCCACUCUCUCAAUUUAUCUCUCUCUCUCUCUCUCUCGUGCAGGAAGGACCUGCAGGCUCCGGGUUUAAACUGAAGAUAGACAUAAAAAAAGCUGGAUUGACGCAGCGGGUCAGGCAGCAUCCCUAGAUCUCUGAAUCUUUAUAGUUUCCCUCUCCCCUGACUCAUGCUGAAGAAGAGUCUCGACCAGACAUGCCACCUAUUCCUCCUCUCCAGAGAUGCAAGCGUGGAAUGAAUUGUUGAUUUGGAAAGGCAUGUUGCGCUCUCUCUCUCUCCCCGCUGCAAUCGUCUCUCUUGGGGGCCAAAGGGAUGGAGGAUAGGGGGAGUAAAACGCUCCCCUUAAAGUGGAGGGGGAAUCAUGUGAUCAAUUUUCCACUCGUGGCUUCUCGUAGUUGGUUCAAGAGCACCUCGGGAGAGGAAUGUAGGAGACCGUAGAAUGAGAAGUCAACGGAAUACGUAGACAUACUCGUAGGAGUUUGUGAACAUACUCAUAGGAGUUCGUAGAAUACCACAAGUUUGAUUUUUUUUUUAAACUCGGGAGAGCUCUUGGGUAAACUCGCAUCAUGGGACAGGGCCUUAGCAUCCUGACUCAGUUAACUUUUAUAGAGAGAAACUGUAAAUAGGUAGGUGUACACAGUGGGACAGUGGUAGAGUUGCUGCUUCACAGUGCCAGAGACCUGGGUUCGAUCCUGACAACAGGUGCUGUCUAUAUGAAGUUACCCGCAUGCGCCGGUUUCCUCCCACAUACCAAACUCAUACAGGUUUAUAUGUUAAUUGGCUUCAGUAAAAAUUGUGCUUAAUGUGCGGGAUAGAACUAGUGUAUGGGUCGACACAAAAUGCUGAUGUAACUCAACGGGGCAGGCAUCAUCUCUGAAUAGAAAGAAUGGGUGGCGUUUCGGGUCGAGACCCUUCUUCAGACUGAUCAGUCUUUGAUUUAAACCAGCAUCUGGAGUUCUUUCCUACACUAGUGUAUGGGUGUUUGCUGGUCGUCAAGGACUCGGUGAGCUGUUUCCAUGCUGUAUAUUUGAAACAAAAAAAAAUUAAAACAAUAGAAACAAGGGACUGCAGAUGCUGGUUAAUAUGCAAAAGCACACAGUGUGCUGGAGUAACUCAACGGGUCAGGCAGCAUCUCUGGAGAACAUGGAUAGGUGACGUUUUGAGUCAAGACCCUUCUUUAGACUAAUGAAGAAGGUUGAUAAAACCAUGGCUAGAUCAUUUACCCGCAUACACUAGAGAUGCUGUCUAACCUACUGAGUUACUCCAGCAUUUUGUGUCCCAAUGCUGAGUAUCAGUCCAAAUAAUUCAGUCUAAAAAAUGACAACUAUUUCUAGAAAGCUCUUAGCUCUUCCCAUUACACACUGAGAAUGGUGCAGAGGUAAAGUUAUUGCCUUACAGUAACAGAAAACCGGGUUUGAUCUUGACUACGGAUGUUGUCUUCACAUAGUUUGUACGUUCUCCCUGUGACCGUUUUCCCGGAUGCUCCGGUUUCCUCCAACACUCCAGGGACGUACAGGUUUGUAGGUUAAUUGGCUUUGGUAAAAAUUUGUAAAUUGUCCCUGGCGUAGGAUAGGGCUAGUGUACGGGGACCGCUGGUUGGCGCGGACUUGUAAGGACAAAGGGCCUGUUUCCGCGCUGUAUCUCUAAACUAAACUAAACUAAAAUUGUAUUGAAUUGUGUCUGUUCUUCCUUGUUUUACAGGCAAUGAACAACAGCUGUUUGGACAUCAAUCCCCCGUUGGACAAGUUCUAUCUUACAAGUCUGUAUGGAAUACAGUUUGUUUUGGGACUUGUGGGCAACGUUUUUGUAAUAUGGGCUUAUUUGUUCUGUCUGAAAGAGUGGAAGUGUUGCAACAUCUACCUUUUCAAUCUAUCCAUCUCAGACCUACUCUUCACCUGCACACUCCCCUUGUUGGUAAGAUACUACAGCAACGAUAACCAGUGGCCCUACAGUAUUCAGGUUUGCCGGAUUUAUAAAUACAUCCUCCACUCCAACAUGUAUGCAAGCAUCUUGUUUCUCACCUGCAUUAGUUGGGAUCGGUACCUCCUGAUCACAAGCCCCUUGAAAGUCUACUGUAUUCAAACAAAGUUCAAUGCCAUUAUCAUUUGUUUAUGCAUCUGGGCUUUUGUUACAGUGGAGAUAAUUCCUAUGGUCGCAUUUUUUUACAGUGACGGAGCCCCAAACAACACGACUCCCAUUUGCCCUGACUAUGCCAGUUCAGGAGAUGCCAAGUGGAAUCUGAUUUACAGUUUGUACCUCACUGUGUUUGGUUUCAUCCUGCCCCUGUGUGUCAUCAUCAUCAUGUACGUUCGAAUUGCCCGCGUCUUGAAGAAAAUGGGUCGGGAGAGCAGUGGGAUCAGCGUGAACAAGCCUCUCAGGAUGGUCAUACUGGCCAUCACUAUCUUCGUCCUGUUCUUCACACCCUACCACGUGAUGCGCAAUGUCCGCAUCGUGACCCGACUGGGCGGCGUAUCUUUGCACAUGUCCACGUGUGGCGAGUCUGUUGUGAGGGCGGUCUACACCAUCACCAGGCCAGUGGCGUUCCUCAACUCAAUCACCAACCCGCUUCUCUACUUCAUGACGGGCGACAAAUUCAGGGAGCAGGUUGUCGACAAGCUGCAGAGCAUCUUCUCAAGGAUACGGAAGGCCUCAAAUAAGAAUGAAAAUAGCUCUGACAACAUCGUUAACGCCAACAAAAGCAACGUAUGAUUUAGUUCUGAAGCGAAAACAAAAUAUUGAUAGCCAGAAUAUUAGCUGUAACGUAUUGUUCUUUCAAAUGCUUUUUGAGGUUUUUAUUUUCUGUCGCCCGUCCAAGGUCGCGGCACUGUUGCGCUGGAGUUUGAGCCGCUAUCUCACAACGGCAGAGACCCGGGUUCGAUCCUGACCUCGGGUGCUGUCCGUGUUACGUUUAUGCGUUCUCCCUGCGGCUGGCUCGAAGGGCCAAAUAGCCUACUCUUGCACCUGUUGUCUAUUGACUACGUGUGUUUCUUCCGGGUGCUCCGGUUUCCACCCAUAUCCCAAAAUACACACAGGUUUGCUGGAUAAUUAACCGUUGUAAAUUCUCCUAAGUUUGGAGGGAGGAUGGAUUACAUAGCACUAGUGUGUACGGGUGACCGGGGGGUCUGAGUGGGCCGAAGGGGCUGUUUCCAUGCUGUGUUUUUCAAGCAGUUUGAAAGAAAACUGAUAAACUUCCCCAGGGUGGUUAGUAUAUGGAGCGAGCUACCAUAGGAAGUGGUUGAGGCAGGAACAAGAACACCAUUUAUAAGACUUUCGGACAGGUAUAUAGACAGGAAAAGUUUAGAGGGAUUUGGGUCAACCGUGGGCAAAUGGGACUAUCUUAAGAAAGGAUCUUGGUCGGCAUGGAUAGGUUGGGCCAAAGGGCUUGUUUCCGUGCUGUACGACUCUAUGACUCUGCGUAUCUAGAUUUUAUUACUCAGCUGCAUUUGUAUGGCGAUUUACUGUGACAAUUGACUCACCAACGUGUGCGUCUUUGAGAAAAACGAGACCUCCUGAAAGAAAUGCAUGGAGUCACAGGGAGAACGCGCAAACUCCACAUACAGACAGCACCCGAGCUCAGGAACAUUGGGGGUGGGUCGGGAGUCGGGGAUUUCUCGCUCGGUUUCUGCCGAGCUUGGCAAAGGCGAGUCAUCUGUGGGUCACGGGAGCAACGGGCAGCCGAGGGCUCCACCCAGGCUGACUGCCGGCCCUCUUCCGGGUUUACGUGUGUGCCCAGGUGUCCCUGGAGACAGAGACGCGGUGUCGGGGCUAGAGUGCUUCUUAGUGGGAGUAACAACGCUUUGCAUUGAUAUUUAUGCAGGAAAACCAUCAAUUUUCUGGCACCCUUGGUUCCAGAGCCUUGUAGGAUUAUCCAUUUUGCUGGACCAAUUUAGGUGACUUAAUAAUAGUUAAUAAUAGUUCAGCAAUAUACCUCUGAUGCACUAAUUUACCCCUUCCGUGUCUCUAAAGCAGUGAUGACUGCGAAAAGUAAAGAAUCAACAAUUAACAAAGAAGUAAACAAUUAAUGCUUUCUGGACGAAGGCAAGACUCCUGAAAGAGCAUGCACCACAUGCAAACCUCUUGUAAUUUUGUCCAGAUUAAAGAAGGUGCUGGACCAUCAGUUGCUGGAAAUCGGUGGCGGACCUUGUGUAAAUUCCCUAUUUGUAGAUUAACAUCUCCAUGAAAUAGCAUUUUAGUUAUAAUUUUGUACCUGUAAAUUAAUUCACUUUUGUAAAAAAUCUGCUUGAAUGUCAUUAACUGGCAGAAAUGUCCAAUCAUUUUACCCCAUUUUAGUCAGAAAUCCCAUCUCCCCAGGUUUACCUCCAAUUCCAGAUUAUCUUUUCUAGUUUUUAUGUAAAAAGUUAAAAUAAGUGUUUUUCUAAUUUAUAACUUCCCAUCAUGAAAUAUUUUAAUUGUACUGUACAAUGUUCAGUUCAAUUUAUUAUUGUCAUGUGUACCGAAGUACAGUGAAAAGCUAUUUUGUGUAUUGUUUCUCAAGGAUAUAUGUCUUUUGAUGUGGUCUGAAAACCAUUGUGCUUUUUAAUUUAUA